CAUAUCGCAGUAUAUAUGUAUAGCGCUACUGCGCUAGCCUUCUGUUUAUCACGCUAAUUGCUGUCCCAGACUCACUGUUGUUUACGGCUGCGCUUUCCCAAACGCCAAUGAGUAAAUGAUAAUUAUGCGUAAUAUCCCCAAAUUACUUCUACUGUAUUGCAUACAAACUCUAAAUUUGAUUGAGGGGAAUGAAUUAGUUGUAAAUGUGAAAUCAUUGACAGGAGAGAUUUUUAAGGAGAAGAUCUCCUCAAACAGCAGUGAUGACUGGAUCUCCUUGGAAUACACACAAGCAUACUCAACACAUGUCACUCAUAUUCUUGACUUCAAACAGGAACUUCAAGUGGUUCAUGUUGUGAGGUUAGGUGAAGAGGAGCUAGGUCAAAAGCCCUUCCAGCAAAUGUGUUUCAUCUCCAAGUUCAGCAGAGAUGACUUCAUCUCUUCAGAUGCUAUGAGCAAAUUGAGGCAGAAAAAUCCAUGGACUGUCCGUACUCCUGAGGAGAACUUGGAGACAGAUGAGCUGGAUGUUGAUUUAAGCAUUGAUGUGGACACAGUUGGAGCGGUGCUGUCACCUCAUGUCUCCUCUCUUUGUAGCUCAUCUCCUACCACCACCUUUGCCAGCAGCAGGGACUUGAAAAGCUGGCUUAAUUCACGCCAUGAUGUGGAUAGUGACUGGGCAUCUCUCAGUGAUGGAAGUCAUCAGCUGCCAAGCCGAGGUGUUCUCAGCUGUAACCAGCUGACUGCUGCUGCUCAACCUUGUAUAUGCCAACAACAGGUGUGCCUGUGGUGGUAUCCGUGUGGCCUGAAGUUCUGCAAAGACCGCGACGACUCCGGCAAGGCCAUCACGUAUCGCUGUGGCAUUAGAACCUGCCGGCGCUGUAGAAUAUAUUCCUUCUAUGCCGCCACUCAGGCUCAGUGCAUUCGCUAAAACCUUCAUUAUUAACUAUAAUAAUGCACUUACUGCAAUUAAAAUCUUGCAUGCCGCAACGUAGUCACAGUGCAUGCAGUGAAUGGCUGAAUGCUUCGGGAUUCCUUAGGAUUGAAUGUAGCUCAUUGAUUUUUUCACAAUUCGAUACUUGGUAGUUUUUAUCGGUUUAAUUUCAAGGCACCUCAGGGAGCUAGUUAGGUCUGGUGUUGACAUUACAUAUCAUUGAACUACGCCGUGAUUUCCACGCACAAUUCUCGUUCUGGUGAAGUUUAAGUGUUUGUUAAUGUUAAUUUUAUACACUUCUGAAAUGAUGACUGGGUAUUUCAGACCAUGUUUGGUGUGCAGCUGUUUAAGUCAAACUACACGAGUUCGUUUAUAUGUUCAUAUUCCGGUAUUACCAGAUCAUAGUUUAGAUAUAUAAAUGUUUUAAGAUUAUUUCCACAUUAGGUUAUGCGGAGAAGACAGCUCAAUUUUUUGCUUUGUCGCACCAGAUUUCAGUUGACGAUUAUACGUUUUUAUAAUUACAAUGUUAUUUAAAUGCUGAAUCUUCUAAGCAACCGAGCUGUUCUUAUUCGCUAGAUAUUUCGAGUCAAUAUUUGUCACGGAAAGCUCUGCAUAUUGUGCAGGACCGCGCAAUCUAUUUACAUAUUUAAAUCAUUUUUAGCAUUUCUAAAACUGAAUAUAAUUUAUAAAAGAUCGGGUAUCGUGUAGUGCCACAAAUAGAGGUUAUUGUAUUAUAAGUCGUUUUCGUGUAAUUAAGGAUGUGUUACUGAACUAUGUGCCACAUUAUCUGCAUAUACAUACGGCUAACAAGCAUAACGAGUAAUGCGACUGCAUUUCUAAAGAUUUUUUUUAUUUGUUUUCCUUGCGACGUAAGCCAUCGUUAUUACUACUUAGUACUUCUGUUAUGAAAUUAAUUGUAAAAUAGGUGACUGUAGGGUUAUUUUGCUUUUGAUCUACCAUGUAUAGCCUAAAUACGUUAUGUAAUUAAUACGUCAUCUUUAAUUUAUUACAUUCCAUUGUUGCUAUCGAGUCUAUGUAACAAUAACUGCUGAAAUGAAAGCGAGGUCUACAGCUGUUGAAUUGCUCAGUUUUGGCCUGAUUCGAUGAACAUUCUAAAGAUCUUGUUUAUUUAAUGAUAAGAAAAUUAUUCAAAAGAAAGUGUAAUUGGUUUGGGAAUUUUUUUGAUCUUUUGAGUUCACGCAAUGGCUCAUCCUCGUUUUUUUAGCAUACAUGUAAUGUUAUAAUACCCGUGAUCCGCGCGCAUCGUACACCAGGGAUGUACUGCUCUCUUCUCGCCAUAUAGAGCAUGAUUGUGCUAAGCCUAGUUUCCCGGUGAUUAAGAAAUGCUUAUCUUUUGCCAUAAGCUUUGUUGUAACUCGUUUUGAGAAGCAUCGCUUCUGUGCGACCAUGCAGCUGCUAGAAAAUUAUUGAAUACACAGCAGGAAGCUAGA